CUCCAUUUUUCAAUUCAAUUGUUCUCUCUUCUCCUAACAUCUCUCUCUCUCUCUCUCUCUCUCUCUCUGUUCUUGCCUAUCUUCCUGCAGCUGUGCUUCCUGUCGCUGAGGCUGAAGCUAGGGUUGUCCCUCUCGAAUCGGUGGAGAAAGACCUAUUAUGGUUGCCGAUCAAAUCCCUAAUUCAGUUCAGACUUUGAUAUUACUCGCGUGGAACCUAGCCAACUCCUCACUCUUUUGCAUACUUCCCAUGGCCGAGCUGAUAAAUUUUACUCAUUCUCCUAUUAGUGAUUUCCAUGAGAUGCAGUCAAGUGUUACAGCAGACUCUCUAGCAUAUUCAUCCAGUAUUGAUGACUUCAUUGCCUAUCUUGAUGAUGCAUUAGCUGCAACUUCGCCAGAUGAAAAUCAAGAUGAGCUGGAAAGUGUCAGAAUAAAAAGGCGCAAGUUUGAAAGUGACGAGGAAACUGAGGAGUCUACUUCAGAAGUGUGUACACAUCCUGGUUCAUUUGGAGACAUGUGUAUACGUUGUGGCCAAAAGUUGGAUGGUGAAUCUGGUGUCACAUUUGCCUACAUACACAAGGGACUCAGACUCCAUCAUGAGGAGAUCUCUAGACUGCGCAAUACAGAUGCGAAUAAAAAGCUGUACCUGAUGCUCGAUCUAGAUCACACUCUAUUAAAUUCCACUCAUCUUGCUCAUUUGAACACUCAAGAGUUGCAUUUAAUUUCCCAGCCAGAUUCUCUUGGAGGUAGCCUUUUCAAAUUGGACAAAAUGCAUAUGAUGACCAAGUUGAGGCCUUUUGUCCGCACAUUUCUAAGAGAAGCAAGUGAAAUGUUUGACAUGUACAUAUACACCAUGGGUGAUCGACCCUAUGCAUUAGAGAUGGCUAAGCUGCUUGAUCCUCAAGGAAAAUACUUCAAUGCAAAGGUGAUUUCUCAAGAUGAUGGCACUCAAAAGCAUCAGAAGGGUCUUGAUAUUGUGUUGGGGCAAGAAAGUGCUGUUGUAAUUCUUGAUGAUACAGAACAAGCAUGGGUGAAGCAUAAAGAUAAUUUGAUUCUGAUGGAAAGAUACCACUUUUUUGGUUCAAGUUGCCGGCAAUUUGGUCUCAAUUGCAAAUCUUUAGCUGAAUUGAAGAGUGACGAAGACGAAGCUGAAGGAGCACUUAAUAAAAUCCUUAAAGUUCUUAAGCAAGUCCAUUAUAAAUUCUUUGAUGAACUUAAAGAAGAUAUAGCUGAACGAGAUGUAAGGCAGAUUUUGAAAUCAGUUCGAAGGGAAGUCUUGGGCGGAUGCGUGAUUGUUUUCAGCCGUAUCUGCCAUGGAGCAUUACCAUCACUCCGGAAGAUGGCUGAGCAGUUGGGAGCCACUUGUUUAAUGGAACUUGACUCCUCCGUGACACAUGUGGUGGCUACUGAUGCUGGAACCGAGAAGGCUCGGUGGGCAGUGAAAGAGAAGAGAUUUUUGGUUCAUCCCCAAUGGAUAGUGGCUGCAAAUUAUUUUUGGGAGAAGCAACCUGAGGAGAACUUCGUCCUCAAGAAAAUGCAGUAGUAACUAGUAACUUUUCUUGUAGCAUCACACACUUUGCUGUGUUCAUAUUGUGCAUAUGGGUCAAUACUCUAUAGAUUACACAAUUUUAUAAAUAUUAUAUUUAAAUAAUUUAAAUAUAUAAAUCCCCAAUUAUGAACGUACAUUUUUUCCCUGUCACUUGUCGGUGCAACUAAUAAAUUC